UCCAUUUUUCUUUUUUCUUCUUUCUUUUUUCUUUUUUCUUGAUGCUAUUGCUCCCGACUCUGCUGCUUCGGCUCUUCUCCUCCUCGACAUGGAUUUGAAUAUCAUUACUGAUAUUCAAUGGCCCCGAGGAAGCCGGUCAAGAACUGCGAAAAGGGUACCGGAAGCGAUCCAAGAUUCCGAUCCCACCGCCAUGGAAUCGAGCAAGAUCAGGCCCCGGCCCUUCGAGAUCCACAUGGUGACGGCCGCUGACUCCCCGGCGUUCUCCCUCCUGCGCUGGGCCCUCCACCGCUCCCCCGUCGUCGGCCUCGACGCGGAGUGGAAGCCCUCCCGGAACAACCACCACCAAUACGGCGAGAGCGAAGGCUGUGGCGGCGAAGCUACCUCUGCUCCCGGCCGUACGCCGUCUUUCCCUACCGUGUUGCUCCUUCAGAUCGCCUGCCGGGUCCGCCGCGAGCCGUCGGAUCCGGCGGUCGGCGACUCGCCGGUGUUCUUGGUGGACCUUCUGUCCGUCCCCCUCCCCGCCCUAUACGAGGUGCUUAGGGAAAUGUUCGUGGCUCCGUCGGUGCUGAAGCUUGGGUUCAGGUUCAAGCAGGACCUCGUCUAUCUCUCCUCCACCUUCUCCUCCCAAGGCUGCCGUCCCGGCUUUGAUAGAGUGGAGCCAUUUCUUGAUAUUACCAGCAUACACCAUUAUCUCAAGAAUCAAAAUGUUGGGAAAAAGGUUCCAAAGGAGACUAAAAGCUUGGCAACUAUUUGUCAAGAAGUGCUUAAUAUCUCAUUAUCAAAGGAACUUCAAUGCAGUGACUGGUCAUGUCGCCCUUUAAGUGAAGAUCAGAUAUUAUAUGCUGCUUCAGAUGCAUAUUACUUGCUCGAAAUAUUUGCUGUCUUCCAACAAAAGUUCAUCACUGAAGGCAAACCAUUAUCCAGUCUUACAGAGCUGAGUGUCUCCAGUGCAAUUGUUGGACUGAAGGAAAUACUUACAGAGUCAAAUAUUUGUGAUAAUGUUUUGAGGAUUAAAUUUUGUAAAGCAUCUGAAAUGGUCAAAUCAAGUGGUUUGAGUGGACAUAUUCCGCUGAAUGACUUCAUCUCAGCCAUUGUCAGAAAGUUUGGUGAAAAGAUUCUGUUGAAGGAGUCAGACAAAGUCCCUAGGUCUUCUAGACGAAAAGUAAAACGACGGUCAUCAUUAAAUGCAAACCACAAAGGGCAGUUUGAUUCUAAUGGUGAUUGGCAGGGCCUCCCACCAUGGGAUUUAUCAUUAGGUGGUGAUGGAUGCCCAAAGUUUCUAUGUGAUGUAAUGGUAGAAGGGUUGGCAAAACAUCUGCGUUGUGUUGGGAUUGAUGCUGCUAUUCCAUCUUCAAAAAAACCUGAACCACGGCAGUUACUAGAUCAAGCAUAUAAAGAAAAAAGGGUGCUUUUAACACGAGAUGUGAAACUCUUGAAACACCAGUACUUGAUAAGGAAUCAAGUAUACAGGGUGAAGAAUCUUCUCAAGAAUGACCAACUAUGUGAGGUGAUCAAGACCUUCCAAUUGAAGAUUACUGAGGAACAACUCAUGUCAAGAUGUACAAAAUGCAAUGGGAGCUUCAUUCAGAGACCGCUGACCACUGAAGAAGCUAUUGCAGCUUCAAGAGGGUUCCAAGUCAUUCCUGACUGCCUCUUUAACCGGAACUUAGAGUUUUGGCAGUGUAUGGAUUGCCACCAACUUUAUUGGGAGGGAACCCAAUACCAAAAUGCAGUUCAGAAAUUCAUCACAGUUUGCAAUUUGAAUGACUGAGCCAAUUUCAAGGCAACUGGCCCACUUUGAAGGAUACAUUAUCAUCUCUUAAGUGAGAGAGUUCCGCGGCAACCAGGCCAUAAUGAUGACUUUCAAUAUAGCAUAAUAAUUUACUCUUCCUUGAACCUAAUCCAACCUGGGUUGUUGGAUGACAGAGAUGCGACCCAGGUGCAUCAGCAACUAGUAUAUCAUUUAUUUUUUCACUUUGUUAAUGGCCUUCCAAUUACAAAGAAGAUGGCGAAGAGAGCUGGGUUUGACCGCUGUCCAUUCCUUCUUCAGAUUAUCAGAAAUCCUUUCUUGGGAUGUAUUAGUGAUAUACAGAUAUAAAUACUCUUUAUAAGUGAACUGGAAGGACCAAAGAAGUACCUUGGUUUGAGCUUCUAGUGUACGUGUGCAGUGUUUGUUAUUUUAUAGUGGCUGAUUAGAUUACGGAGAAGAAAGUUUUGGGUCCACCA